CAGUCUCUGAUGCCGGUUGCCGCCAAUAACCUGGUGUGUUUAUUAUAUGUCUUAUUAAUAUAAAUAAAUGUAAAAUUUCAAUAUGAAUGCAAGCAUCAGUUUUCGUGAGGUUAUACCCAAGAACUUGGGCUCAGUUGAAUGGAUUGAAGUAAACAUCAAUACUGGCACACAGAUUACAUUGCAGGACAUCAAGACAUUUGAGAAAUCUGGCGGCUAUUGUUUCAAAAGUGUGGGAAAUGUUCAGACCAGAAAUCGUUUUAUUUACUGGCGCACGUAUCAAGAUGUCUUGGAGCUGUCAGAUGUUAGUUUAGAUGUGUCGUUACUCAGGAAUCAUCUACGAUUGCGUUUCACAGACUCUGCCGUGUUAAAUGUAUCCUUGACGGAGGAAGCACAUCAAAUAAACCUUCUGGUGGUGACUGUCAGUAGCGUUCAUCGUUUUGUAUUCCCAAUUAAAUCUGACGGGGAUGAGCCCGGCAUCGGGGAUGGACUGCAACCGCAGUCAAUCUUUUGUGAUGUCAACGAUAAAGCAAUUAAUCCUAUGACAUUCUGUGUUGAUGGUUUCGGCACUUCACCUAAUAAUCUGCCACAUGUAGCUGCAUCUUUUGUGUCCCAUAUAGAGGAUGAAUGCUUUGCAUAUUUUGCAGUUGCCUAUCCCACAAAGCUAAUGCUUCAUGUUAUGAACUGUGCCACAGGCAACACCACAAGUCAGGAGGUGAAGGAAUCGCAUUUAAUGCCACGUUUUUUGUCCAAUCUUAAGGGUGCCCUAAUCGGCCGAACGGAGGCUCAAGAAGCAGCAGUAUCAAUGGCAUUCAGUCAGAUUGAUGAUGAAAUUUAUCUUCUAGUUCUCUAUCGUAGCAAUGAAUUGCGUUUAUGGUCUGUGGAUACAGUGCAACCCAUAUCUAGCAUUAACUGUACAGCUCAAGCUGUCAUGGCCUCCCAAGGACCCCAAAACAAUGUAAUACGAAAAAUAGAUGAGGAAACUUUUUGCAUAUUCAUCUCGCUUGAUAUUGGUGCACAAUUUAUUGGAGUUAGCAUCGUUCCAAAUCCUGGUGAUGCAAAUGGAAGAGCUACUUUACUACUCCAACACACAGUGCCAGCGCCCAAAAUGGAUAUGGCUGACUUUGAUGCAACUUCGUCGCAUAUCUGGGUAUUGUGGAGCAACGCUGAGGGGGAUUUUAAUGUAUCUGCAUAUUUCCUAUGCGCCGAUGAGAGUAUUCGAUGGGUAUCAGCUGCCCUUGAACCUCCUCCAGAUCGCUAUUGUUUGCAAAUUGAACAAGGUGUUGAUCCUCGUGAAGCGUACUGUUCCUUUAUAUUCCAUCCUGGACGAUUUGAUCGCAAUGUGAUUGCCAAAGCUCUUUAUAUGUUUCGACGUGUCAACAUGCAAUUCGAUGUCAAGCAAUUGUCAAUGGCCAUGCUUAAAGAGCAGGUUUGCCAGGCUGUUGAGGAAGAAAUCCAAAAUGAAUUAAAAGAAAUUGUUGUAAGUGACGAGGAGUACACGGAAAUUGCUACCAGACUCUGGGAUCGUUUUUAUUCCGGAUGUGAGCAAUACCAUGUAAAAUUCUCGGAACCAACUGGAUUGGCUGUUUUGCCAUCCAUGGAUGCUGUUUGCAUUGUUAGACGGCAAUCUUUUGCUCUGUUGCGACCAUGUGAAAUGUUGGAACAUCUUAUGCUUAUUGGCGAACAUACUGAUGCCUCAUUAUUGGCUCCAUAUUGUCACAAUGAUUCUACAGCGGCCAUAGGUUUUAUUGAACUAAUGAAAGUUGUUACCCACUUGGAAAAAUUACUUUCGGAAGAUAUUAAAAUGGAAUUGGAUAAGAAACUAUAUCAACAGGAAUCAGCUUAUGAUGUAGUUAAAAGAAUGCUGCUAGAAACUUCAGAAGAAGGCGAUGAUAAUAAUAUUUAUGCCAUGGAUCCUUUACUAAUUAAGCAAAUGAAACAAUAUAUGCAAGAUGUUCCUAAUAUCGAGCUAGCCAUAAAUAUGCUUCUUGAUGUACUUUCUAUGGUCAAUGAAGAAUCCGAAUCCCAGCUACCAAACUAUUCGCAAUCGAUGCGUUAUUUGCUGCCAACUGGAGCAUUAUUUGGUAGUGAAUAUGGACUAUCAGUCCUUGCCGAGACGGUUAAACAAAUUGCCAUGAUACGGUUUUCCGUCUCUCGCAAUCUGUUCAUAUUGCAGUGUAUUUCCUUUGGUGAAAUUGGAUCAGAGAAAGAGAGCUUGAUUAGAAAUCUUAAUUAUCUUAACUCUUACUUUGCUCUAGUUUGGAUUGCUGAAACUCCAAUAUCCUUGAAUGCUCCAGCCGGCUUCGAGGCAUCGGUUCAACGUUUAACUAUGGCCCAACUCUUUGAUGGUUACACUCGACCAUUUUCAAGUAAUGCACGCGGAUUGGGAAUCGGUCAGACAACUUUGCUAAGCCUGUUCCUGCAGUCAAAGGGUCUGUUCUCUGCGUUGUCGAUGCUAUUAAAAACGUCUCCAAAUUCUGAUGCAGCGGACUCAUUGUCGUUGCGUGAAAAUUUGUUGCAGCUUGUCGGUUUCAUUAAUCAAAUGCUAUGGCCCGAUGCUCCGAAUUAUGUAUUCCCCGAAUGGCUAUUUGGAACCUGCCAUCAUAUUAUUAUCCAAGACUAUGUGCGUAUAUUAUCCAGAUGGUGUAAGAGGAAAUCACAUUCGCGACGCUUUAUGCUAGCCGUUUCACUUUUGGAUAGUGGCGAACCCCACAAGGCGGUAUUUUUGUUUGAGGAAGCAGCAAGCGGUGUACUCCAUGAGCCUUUUCUUUUCGAACAUGUGCUUAAGCAUACUCCACUCUAUAGUAGACUUCAAGGUUUGGAUGAAAUGGAUCAAACCACUGAGGAUAGAAUGCAGGCGACGGUACAUUAUUAUUUGAAAGUUAUUCAACUUUUUGUACAACAUUCUGCACUCGACUAUAUCAUACAACUUGCAAAUAUGGCCAUGAACAUGCUAUUGCCAAAUGAUCCGCAAUUGCCAAUGUUUCAAUCGAUUAUAUUUAAUAAUCAUUUACAACUUGGACACUAUGAGGAGGCCUAUCAUGCCUUGGUACACAAUGCGGACACCUCCAGGCGCAAGGAUUGCUUAAGACAAUUGGUUAUUGAACUAUUUCAAAAUAAGGGACUCGAUAUGCUUAUUGAAUUCCCCUAUGUAGGCCUUCAAGAUGAGUUUGAAAAUAUUGUGGAGUCGCGAGCCCGUUCAAUCAGUAUAGAACACAAUGAAGUUUAUAAUUUCUUGUACGCUUUUCAUGUAAACAAGGGUAAUAUGAGAAAAGCUGCCACAGUGAUGUAUGAGCAGGCAAUGCGUCUGCAGGUGGAUAACGAUUCACCCAAUGCCCUACAAAAACGUUGCUCGGCUUUGCUGGUUUGCAUUAAUUGCAUACAUUUGGUUGAUCAAAGAUAUAGAUGGAUAGCUAAGCCCGCCAUUGGAGACGAAAGAGUGCCCAUGGAUCAAGAUCCAGAGGACCAGGUGAAUGGCCAACAAGUUGUUGUCCUUGAAUUGGAAGACAUACAGCGGGAACUUUUGCUCGCAGAGGCAUUGAGAGAGUUUACCUCUCAUCGUGACGAUGCCGUGUCUUACGAUCAGGCUGGAGCUGAAGAGUUAUCCCAUUUGUUAGCCACAUCUGGGUUAUAUACAGCUGCCCUGAAGCUAUCGCGAGGUUAUGAUUUUAGUGUAUUGCCAAUAUUUGAAUGUCUCACCGCCGCCUGUAUUAUGGCAACGGAAGAUAAGACCACAGAUGCCUGGUCUUGGUUGCAAAAGAACGAUUUGGCAGAUCUAGCUCAUCGCAAUAAUGCUGCCGAUAUGGCUUGGGCAUUGCUCCAGAAACUGGUGGUCGACAACGAACUGGAUGCAUCUACUCUUAUACGUAAGAGCGUUGUCAAUCGUUUGCUUACAUUGAAUGCUUUUAUUCCUCAAUGGCUAUACGAUUCUUACAAAUUGGCCAAUUCUCGUGAGUUGCUGCAACUUUUUGUCAAACACAAUCGUUUAAUUGAGGCCGCUGAUUUGGCCUGCGAGAUGAUUAGCGCCAUGCUUGGAGCGGGCAGUGAAUAUUUUGAUUUCGAACAUUCUGUAAAUGUGAAAAAUCCUCAAUUGGCAUUUCCCAUUAAUACAAUUGAUUUGUUGUUGCAUUGUCUGCGGGAAAAUAGCAAAGAGCACAUUGACUAUGAAAUGGCUCGGGUGCAAUUGGAAGAGGAGGUAUCACGCUACAUAAAAACUGUGAAACGCACCACCGAGGACAAAAUGAAAUUAGCUAUAUUGCAGAAUCGUGAGAAUCGGCAGCAACAGCAACUAUUAAAUCGCUGAUAUACUUUUUUAUUAAAUAAUUAAUUUCCCGUUUACAAUUAAUAAAUGCUCUAAAUUUAGAAAUCAA